AUGAACCACACCGUGGUCACUCAGUUCAUCAUGCUGGGGCUCACCCAGAACCCUGAGCUGCAGGGCGUGCUCUUCUGUGUCCUCCUCCUCAUCUACAUGGUGGCCUUCCUGGGCAAUGUGCUCAUUGUGGUCGCCAUCAUCUGCAAUGCCGCGCUGCACAUGCCCAUGUACAUACUCUUGCUGGGGCUGGCCACAGUGGACAUCGUCUUCACCACCAGCAUCAUCCCCGAGGUGCUGUGGACCAUGCUGUCCGCGGAGAGCACCAUCUCCUACAGCGGCUGCAUGUCCCAGCUCUUCUUCUUCACCUGGUCCCUGGGGGCUGAGAUGGUGCUCUUUACCACCAUGGCCUACAACCGCUACGUGGCCAUCUGCUUCCCCCUUCAUUACAGCACCAUCAUGAACCCCUGCACGUGCGUGGCCUUGCUCAGCCUUGUCAUGGCCAUCGCCAUCACCAACUCCUGGGUGCACACGGGUCUCAUCCUGAGGCUCACCUUCUGUGGGCCGAAUACCAUUGACCACUUCUUCUGUGAGAUACCCCCGCUGCUGGCCCUCUCCUGCAGCCCUGUGAGGAUCAACGAGGUGAUGGUGUACGUAGCUGACAUCACCCUGGCCGUGGGGGACUUCACACUGACCUGCAUCUCCUACGGCUUCAUCAUCAGGGCCAUCCUGCGCAUCCACUCCUUGGAGGGCAAAAAGAAGGCCUUCUCCACCUGCUCGUCCCACCUCAUUGUGGUGUCCCUCUACUAUUGCCCCGUGAUCUACACCUACAUCCGCCCCACCUCCAGCUACACCUUUGAGAAAGACAAGGUGGUGGCUGCACUCUACACCCUGGUGACGCCCACGCUGAACCCCAUUGUGUACAGCUUCCGAAACAAGGAGAUGCAGGCGGGGGUCAGGAAGGUGCUUUUGAAGCGUUAG